CAGCUCAGAGAACUCAUCGCCACCAAAAUCGCCAAAUACGCCGUCCCCGAUCACUUCCUGGUGGUGAAGCGUCUGCCGAAGACUCGCUCGGGGAAGAUCAUGAGGCGCAUCCUCAGGAAGGUUGUCACGGAGACCGCCGGCGACCUCGGCGACGUGUCGACCCUCGACGACCCCUCCGUCGUCACGGAGAUCAUCAACGCCCACGAGCUGUACAGGAAGCUGCGAGCAGCAGAGGAGGAGAAGAAGUAGGAGGGACUUCCUGUUAGUAGGAGGGACUUUCUGUUAACGAUGUCCCGACUUUACCGACAACGACAAAAAUACACAACUACCACUACACAAAAAUA